AUGACUUUAUGCGAGCAUUUUGUAAAACGGCGGUUCUUCGAAAAUUCCUACGCGUAUUUCAAUAGUCUUUACGCAUUCCGAACCAACGAAGAAGGUUUAAAUAGGGAUUUCAAUUGUUCUGGUCGUUGUGAUUUGCUCGAUGAUGAGUUUAUUUAUAAUUAUGACAGUAGAUGUGAUGGGAUUGUUCAUGAGUGCUGGCUUAUGCAACAUACUAAAGAACGAUUAGAUGCAGUAGAAAAUUACAAACAGGUACGUAGUAAGAAUAUUGGUGUAUUAAACGAUCCGAUAGGGGGAGAUCCUUUUUUUGUUGAUGCAGCACGUAAAAAUUUGGAGGAAGCAAGAUGGUUAGUGGAUCAUACUGGAAGCGAUUGUGGAUGUUUAUGUGAACGUAAAGCUAAUUCAUAUCAUAAUUUUCAUGGUCCAUUACUCGACUCAAUUUGUUUUGAUCAUGUCGAAGUAGAUAACGGAUAUGUGGCAACAGGGGUCAGAUUUAAAAGAUAUGAGAACAGAAUACAUCUUGAACUUCAACAAGGAAUACUAGCAAACGGACGAAUUGAUCCAGGUACCGUAACAUGGAAAAAAAUCGAUUCUUACGAAGGCUUAAAAUUUGUAUUGGAAGAUAUGAUUCUUCCACAGAAACAAGUCGUUGCUGGCGUAGAAGUUGGGAAUAAAUUACUAGGACAAUACAUAACUGAUGAUGGUAAUUUGGAUAAUAUGAAAAUACUUGUUCCAACUCAAUGUUAUGAAAGAACUCGCGAUUUGGUGCAUGGUUACUCCCGACUUCUGCCCCCUAUAAAUUUUCUCGGAAAACAUUUUACAUCUAGUUCAUCAUGCAAAGAUCAUUUGUUAUUUGGUGGAACAUCAUAUGAUUCUGAUUUCAUUCAACAUAUUGUUCCGUAUAUUGAUUUACAAGAAAUAGUUACUGAUCCACCUGAACCGAUUCACGGAAUCGGUUGGUACUACAGAGGUUAUCCUGAAUCCGGAGGAUUUUUGGCUUUGAGAAUUUGGAAAUGA